CAGUAACUUCUCAAAGCGAUAACCUUUAAGUGUUUAUUUAUCCUAGUUGCGUUAAGAAUUGGAUUCCAGUCUUGCAGCGGAAUUCUAUCUGCAUUACAGUCGACAGUUUCGUCUCCCAAGUUGGCUGUAACGACACUCAACGGACAACAACCUUGUAAAGCACAGAGAUUUUCGUAACAACUCUUGAAGUCAACGGCAUUCUGUUGUCGUUGCCGGACAGUUUCAAUCAUUUUCUUUAUAAAAUUGCAAAAGAUUGCGCUUCAGAAAGCAAUUUCCAGUUAUUUUUUUAAGGUAUUUAAAAUGAAAAAGUACAGUUUGCAUUAUUUUUGAAAAAUGGCGCCGAGUUGUUUAUGUCGUGCAUUGGGAAUGGUAACUAGUUUUUAAAUAAAUUCAAUAUGGCGACCAGGAGAGGAGUUGGAAUAAUUUUUCGGCAAUUUUUGCGGCAAACAAAGAACAACCGAAUAAACACAACUAUAAUUCCUACUGCAUGUUAUAGUACUGACAAGGAAGAAAUUACUACUAAUCCAUUUUUUGAAAAAUAUGCUGGGAAAAUCAAACGUGCCCAAGGCAGUGAAAGGUGUGUAUGUGUACUACUGCACUGUCACCACUGACACUGUCACCACUGACACUGACACUGCCACUACUGACACUGCAGGAAGACAGGAAGUAUACAAUAUAAUAAGGGGGUGAUUUACGUUUGGAUUCAUUAACCAAACAUGCCAUGGUGCUCACCACUAUCUGGGCAUGCUCAUUUGACCAACAAAAUCCAUGCUUGGUGACUGUUGGUGUGCUAUAUUAUGCAAGUACACUGGUCAGAAGUCAUAUAACCAAAGUGUAUUAUUAUUACCAUAUUGACCAGUAUAUACCACCAUAUGGUAUUUAGUAAAGUAGCAGAAUACUUAGGAGUUUUUAACUGGCCCUAAAAACUGAAUCUUCAAUGGAGUUUUGAAACUUACUCAUCUCAUCAGAAGUUUCAAUGCAUCCAAAAUGAAGUUGUUUGAGUAAAUUUACUACUAAAAAUUAAAAAUAUGAACAACCACAUGCAAUUUAUUUUACAACACAAGAAAACCACGAAAAGAAUACCCACACAUCCUAUAUAGCUUAUUGCAGAGCUUCCAGGAUGAUGUAGCUUAUUAUGGAAUUUGUGUUGCUUCUACCCUGGGAAUUGUGUGCAUGAAAAAACAGGUUUGGUUUCCAUUGGUAAUGGCAGGUGUGGUUUCCACUGGGAAUAAUAGAAAAUCCUGUACAUUCUGGUAAAGUUUACUGCAAUAUGUGAUAUGCAGGUUAAAUAUUCAAAAAUACAAUGUAUCAUUGAUAAUGAUCCGUAACGCUUUGUGGUUCUUUUCACUCCCUCUUUGACAUGCAUCAACUUGAUCUAUGCCCAUUGAUGUUGAAAGGUGUCAAUUGCAUUUAACUAUAUGUAGCAAUGACAAUCCAAAUCAAAGCAAGACAUCAUCUUCAAACUUCUAUGAGAAUGCUCUGGAUGAAGAGCUUGAGAAUUUUAAAGCAAAAUCCAAGAAGGUAAAUGUACUGUAAAUUAAAACAAUGUACUGUAAAUAAUAAUGUUUAGCUUAUAUUUACAAUACAAGUUUCUCCAUUAUAUUUUAAAAUAAUUUGUGUGUGUCAGAAGAUUUUUAAUUAAGAUCUUGUAUUGACGUCAUAUGCAGCUGAUCCUUUUGACCUUAGUAUAAUCUUUUGUUUGUUUGUAUACUGUAGUUAGCUCCUAUUUCAGGCAUUGGUCCUAUGGCCAUGUGUUAUCUUAGAAACUAUACUAAAGUUUAAACUCUAAACAAAGUAUUAAAGUGAAUAUAUUUAAACUAGAUUCUACAGCCAAGCCUAGAACUUCAGUAAGAGCUGUCCUUAAUUCAUCUUGUGUUUCUGGAAGAGGAAAACGGAGUACAAAGUGGAGAAGUGGCUGUCUAGCUGGGAACUCUCUUCUCACAGACAACUAAGCCGAAAUUAUAUAAAUCAUGCAAAGUACUGCAGAGUAUGGCAGUUUUUGAAUGCAAGUUUGUAGACGUAUUUCUGUCUGAAAUUUAUUCGAAUGUGCACUAAAAUUGGUGUUAAUGUUAAAAAAAUGCCAAUAAUAUGCAACAAACACUAGUUGUAUAGACAACGAUAUAGUUAUUCAAGUGUGCAAAGUUAUUGGACAAAAAAUCUCGUGUGUGCACUUGCCAUACUCUGCAGUCAGGAAUUUAUUGAAUUUAUUGCAAACAACUACACAUUCCAGAAUUUGAAGAGACGCGCAUAAACAAAAAUAUCUGACGAAGACGUUUACAAGUACUAAUAAUAUACAUGAAAAAAUUUCUCAAUUCUGAUUGGCUAAGAGCAGUGCAAUUUUUUCGAAAUACAGUGCCGAAAAAUGAAAUACAGUGCAAAAAAAGAAAUACAGUGCAAAUUUCUUAAUUUUUUAAAUUUUCUUAAUUUUUUAUUUUUCAAAUUUCUUAAUUUUCUUAAUUUCUAAAUGUGACCAUGUUACUUACGCACGUGAAUCUUUUCAUGUAUAUUAUUAAUAAGUAAUAGUAUGGUUCCUCCUUUUUAUCAUUGUUUUAUUAUUUAAUUUUUUUUUCACUAUUUGAGCUAGUUUUGCGAAACCGUAUCGAACUCUAACGGCUCAGUGUGAACAGACGUAAAACGCGGCGUCAUUAUUUCGCUCAGUGUCAUUAUUUCGCUCCAACGUAAUAUGAACGCAUUCUUAGAAUUUAUAUAUUUAGUAUUCAUCACUUCAGUUGUAGAUUUUGCAGACAGAUGUGCAAUGUAAUUAUAGGUAAUAGUAUGGUUUCGAGUGCAAUUUGGAAAAAACAUACACGAGUGAAUUUUUCAAAGACUAUACUGUAUCAAAAUUGCACGAGUCCGAAGGACGAGUUACGAGUACAAUUUGAAGUCUUCGAAAAACUCACGAGUUUAUGUUUUUUUAAAUUGCAUAAUAAAACAUACUGAAGUGGAGCAAGACAAAGACAGUGACACUGUUCACACGACACCACCAAGCGCUCCGUCAUUCGCGGUGUAUAUAAAAAAAUAUACAGUAAACAACCCUGGAAAAGAAAGAGAUUACAAAUUCCAUACUUUGCGUGAUUGCCUUGUAAGAUCCAAUACAGCAACACUCGUACAAAGUUAUGAUAAAUGCUUCGUUUCCAACUGAUUGUUAUCGUAGACAAUCUAGAGGAAUAGACUGGAAACAUCAAUGCAAAAAGUCGUCAUUCGCGACAUCCAUGAUAUGGGCUAUAAACCUAUCAAAACCGAACCUGUGAAACUUAAUAAGAGGAAUAAUGUUUUAUACAACUCUCGCUCAGAUCAGUCACUGAUCUAUAAAAAAACAGCGAUUGCGAUUUCUUUUUGGGCGUUCCUUUUAAGCGCCUGGGUACGAGUUGCCGAUUACAAUUACUGUAUUACAGCAAAAAUUGACAAUAUAGACUGCAAUGUUGUUGUCGAAGCAUCCAGUCAAAAUUUAGUCUGAUUCUCUGACAUCAGAUUGACGCAACUGUCACAUGUCUUUGACUUUACACUCUAAAACACUCUGGUUAAACCUGGUAACCUAGAAAUAGCCCUAUUUGGUUAACUUAAUAUUCCUGGUUAAAUUUCCAGGGGUUUUUUUUAUCUCACUUCUUACCAUUACCUGGUUAAUGUAACUAGGAAUUCAAAUCUGAUUAUAUUUGACCAGGACGUCCUGGUUAAAUAUAACCAGACUAUGGUAUUGUAGGUGGAUAAAUAACCAGGGGCCCAUGCUGGUUUCCUGUUAAAAAAGGUAUGAUUGUGACUGUACAUGCAAUAUCUUCGGCAAUAUCAUGGAUAGCACGUGCACCGCGCAAAACAAUGGCAUUUCCAGUCCAUUCCUCUCGAUUGUGAUUAUUGAUUACAAAGCCAACAUGAGAUAUUUGGUAACUUGUGUGUUUUAGACGAAAAGCACAAUCAGUCCAAAUUCUCGCAGUGGAUCACAGUCACUCUAUGGUCAAAAGGUAUCUCGUAUCUUAGUACUUAGCACUUUCCAGAGGACGACGUACGAACAGGACAAAAGUAGAACUUUAGUGAGACCGCGUCUGAAAUCCCUUCCGUGUAUCUCUAGAAUGCAGUCCGCUAUCUGUACUAUUCAGAUCGGUUCGAAAUAUUUUAUAAGUACGUAAAUAAGUAUAAAUAUUGAAUUGCGAAGGGCGCUCAACCUAAUCGAGUCGAAGGCUUUCCAACGGCUCCGGGAGACAUUACGACUCAUAUCUGAUCACGCAGCACAGCUACGGUGGAAGGGUGAGUUCGUGGCUUAUUCCAACCUGUGACAGGAAUCCGCAGAGUUGACCCGGAAAAAAACCACGACUUUCAGUGGACCGUAGCGUUGACAGACACUUCUCACAUACGUGUCAUGAGUCCGCAGAAGGAAUCGAACCCACGACCUCGGAGGUGAAUCGAAGCCCUUACAUGCAUGAUUCAUCCCAAUCCAAAUUCGUUCCGGAGAAAGUCACUUCGGUCUAGCGGACAGGACGACUUCAGACUAGUUGGUCUCAACAAUUUGUCAUACUGUACAAAGAGCGCCUAGGCACAACAGUAUAUCUGAAACAAAAUAUCACACUCUGACUUCGUGCCAGUCUAAUGUAAGUAGUUUCAUGUAAAUUAAUUGUGUCGCUCUGAAAUGUGAUGGCAAUAAUUUGGUAUUAAAACUCAUGGAGAUUUUCUUUUUACUUCCGUUAGAGCCUGGAUGCCAUAAUGAAUUUAGAGAAAGUUAAAGAGGAAAGUGCUAGUACAAUAGAAGAGGUAACAAUUUAGGCUGGAUAUUUUUAGAUUAACCAGUAAAAUUUCCUGGGAUGCUUUCAGUCUUUAGAAUUUACUAUACUACUUGUACGCAUAGUCAACAUCGGGCAGAAUAUACUGAUUUUUUGUGAUUUAUGAAUUUUAAUUCUAACCUUAAAAGUCAUAAUUCUGAUGUAAUUUGUGCUGGUGGCAAAAAGUGAAAGUACUGUGAACAAACUGCUUCCCCUUCAUCCAAUGAAAAUAGGUUAUCUCACCUGUUUAUCGUUUUUCAAUCUAUUUACAGCUGUGGAGAGAAUAUCAUAGGGACAAGGAUUCUGUUUCUGCUGUUAUACCUGUACGUUAAGGCAUACGUCGUGGAUAUAGUCCUGUAACGUAUUCAAAACCAUGUACCAUUUAUAUUCACGUCUAUAUGUAAACCUUUUUGGUUCUCAACUGUUUUACUUCCCAAAAGUGUUUUUACUUUCUAAAUUUUUUAUAAAUAAAUCUUAAUACCCUUUUGGUUAUAGGCUGAGAUGUAUGAUAAAAUACAAGAAAGAGCCAAACAAUACCCAAUUGUAAGUAGUGUAUAUAUAGUACAGAUUUCGGAGUAAAUUACUAUUUCAAUUCCAGUCUCUUACCCACAUGCAAGAAGAAAUCUGCAGGCCAGCCAUCUGCGCGCCAAGACAAUUCCCUAGUCACUAAGCGAUAGGUCUUUUUCCCUUUGGGAGCUUAGAUUUACCCUAGGAGAGAUUUUUUUAAAACAGUAAAGAGGGUGCAAGUAUAUAUUGAGUAUAUCGUUUUAUGUUGUGUCAGGACGAUAUAAUACCAUAAUCUUCUCUCUUAAGCCCCCAGAGACUUAUUUUGAUAGAGAGAGGGCUUAAUAAUUUCUUCAUCUAAAAAGGGGGGCUUAUUGGAGAGGAGGGGCUUAAUAGAGAGAUUACGGUAUGUAUUUUGACAAGACUUGAAAAUCUGUAAAAUAAUUUGAUAUUUGUAUAGGUAAUAGUAUGGUUUCGAGUGCAAUUUGGAAAAAAACAUGCAUGAGUGAGAUUUUCAAACGAGUUUUUCCGAGUCCGAAGGACGAGUGCAAUUUUGAAGUCUUUCUGUCUUUGAAAAACUCAACUUAAUUUUUCAAAUUGCACGAGAAACCAUAUUAUUACAUGAAAAAAUUGUACAGUCACGUGCGUAAGUCACAUUUAGAAAUUAAGAAAUUACGAAAAUUAAGAGAUUUGAAAAAUAAAAAAUUAAGAAAUUUGAAAAAUAAAAAAUUAAGAAAAUUAGGAAGUUUGCACUGUAUUUCGAAAAAUUUGCACUGCUCUAGCCAAUCAGAAUUGAGAAUUUUUUUCAUGUAUAUUAUUAGUACAGCAUAUUCAGUUUAUCUCAGUCUGUCUCUACACUCGUGCAUUAAAUUUCACAACCGUGAUUUCAGAACAUUAUUUUCAGUUUAUCUAUCCCAUUCCACGCAAUGAAGGAUAUGAAUUGAUGGUUGGAGAGUUUUUAGAAGAUCAAGUUUACUUAACAUCAGUCAUAAAUUAUCAGGUACGUCACUCUGCCGUAUUCUGGGUACGUAUGUUAUACAAAACUUUAGCUUUCAUUUGCCAACCCAGGAUAUUAUUUAAUAUACAACAUUGCAGUUCAUGUGGAAAAUUAACGCCUGUAUUCUAAAACUCACACUCAAUGAGUGGAGGUUCAAUCUGAGCUUUUCUUGAGUGUCAAUGCUGUUUUUGAAUAGCUGGAGGGUGAGUAGUCAUAUAGUAAGGUACGACACUAACCCUGCAGCUAUUCAAAAACAGCAUUGACACUCAAGGGAAACUCAGAUUGAACCUCCACUCAUUGAGUGUGAGUGAGCUUUUAGAAUACGGGCGUAAGAUUUACUACAUGAAAUGAGAUCCUGCCUUACUUCACCAACCGACUCAUUCCAUUUAGUUAUGUACAUGUACUCCAAUUAACUGGUAUGUAUUGGUUUUCAUUUUUAGACACUGGGAGAGAACUCCCCGUGGCUCAUUGCUUUUACGCAUUUUACAGAACUAAAAGAGAGCAAAGGUGCUGUGAUUUUGUCGUGCUGUUAUAUCUUAAAUACAGGGCAUGUACAUGAUUCUGUCGCCAAGUCUUCGUCCACAGGGGAGCGGAUUAAUUCGUGGCCGUACUCUAACUUGCACGAUUUUGCUAAUAAGCCAUUUCCGAAUUACGGUCGAAUGUCCAUAGACAACGGCGUGAGCACGAGGCUUCGUGCUAAAUUGUAGUGCUUCUAUAGAAAAUUAGCACCGAGCCUUGACUUGGGGUUUUUGUUGGAGCGAAAUUCGUCAAUGGUAUAUUGCGUUAACAGGAGGACGCAUGGGACGGGACGAAUUGGAGCAUACCUAACCGUACGAAUUUCCUGCGUGAACAAAUGUAACCGAGCGAGUUAGCCUUACUCGCGCUCGGUUUAUCCACCAUUUUGGAGAUAUUGGUUCUCUAUCUUGAGAGUGUAAACACCGCGAAAUGUGAAUUUUUGUAACUGUGGUUGUGUGUAUUAUGGUAAAUGUACAACUUUGUAAAGUCGCUUUUCAUUCGUUUUAAUCGUGUAGAUCACGAGGGAAGGCAGUACCCAAAAAUGGCGAAUACUGGCCCGUGUGAGAAAGGGAAAUUGCGUACGGUUCCAAAUUCGUCCUGUCUCGUGUUAACAUAGUCUACAUGCAGCAAGCGCAUUAAGUCACAUCAUCAUUAUCAUCGUCAUCAUUUCUGUGACACAGACUGUUUUCCAAUAGACCUUAUAUGCAUAAUGACGACACAAGGCUUGAUGCCCGCGAGGAAUGCUGGUCUUAGUAGUCAUCGCCCAGGAGAAUUAAACAAUUCAAAAUGGCCACUAUCGAAAUUUUCCCGGGCGAUGACUACUAAGACCAGCAUUCCUCGCGGGCUUGAUGCCUUGUGACGUGAUUAUGCAAAAGAUCUACUGAAGCAUAUUUACAAUGCAGCCUAUACUCCACCCUAUAGGACUGGCUUUGGCCUAACUUGGCUAGCGCUGAUUGGCUGAUAAAACUAGUCGACCAUGGAAUCGGUGAAGCAGGCCAGCCCUAGAUUUGUAGUAUAAACACGGCUUUGGUCUUGGGGACUUUGAAACCUUUUCAGCACUUCCUUGACGUGAAGAUUGAUGCCUUUUCUUGCAGGAAUUGUUUUAAUGGUAGCAGAAGUGGAUACAAACCAUCUUGUAAGUGCAGGACCAUCACCAGUGCACUGUGGGAAAACGAUCAAAGCCUUGUUAUAAGUCGCCCCAGUCUCCUGUGUGCUCGCGGUCAGAGUUAACUCGUGCUGUUAUUGAAAUUUCUAUCCUAAGAGCUAGUAAAAACUCCAAAUCAAUAUUAUCCUGAAUUACCAGUAAUUACCAACAUGUAACAAAAGUGUUCUAUUUUCCAGGCGACUCAUGAAGCAAUGUUUAUUGCAAAUCUAAUCCAACUUUACUAUGGCACAGAUGACGAAAACAAACUCUCCUUAUUGAAGACAUUUAAUUUAAAUCCUGAUCAAUUUAAUCAUAUGUCCGUGAUAGAGGAAAUGCAAAGAAGUACCGUUCAGGCUUCGGUCGACGAAUAAUUUAGUCGAUUGACUGUAUUCGUAAAAGUUACUCCCACAUGUACAGGUUAGGUAUGGCCUGGGGCAAUCCUGCACCUCCCUCCAUCUUUCCUAUAUUAACUGCGGGUUUUUUCAGAAGUCCAAAGACCAUUGAGGCCAAUUGAGAUCAUUCCCAGGCUCGUGUUAAACCAAUUUUAUUUGAAAAAAUUCUAAUUGUGGAACACAGAGAAUAUUAAAAUAAUUUCAUCUAAAUAAAAUAAAACAUCAUAUACAUAUAUGAUAUUAAUAUUUACACAAUUCCUAUCAACGUUCACGUUUCAAAAGGUUUUCUGUAAGUUCAACUAAAGCAUCUCUUUCUGGAGAAUGUCGAAGUUUCAUAAGUUGUCUUGUUGCUUCACGACUGUGUUGUCUUGCUAAACUCAUUGUUCUCUCUAUGCCAGUACUCUGAAAAUAUUUGAAUGAAAAUGUUUGAGUAACUGAAGAUUGUUAACUCGAUAAACAACAGUCUUUUGUAGGAGAUACUGCAGCCUAGACCUAGAGCCUUUACUCGGCAGGCGGCAUUCUAUUUGCAGGUUAAUCGACUUCAAUGACGUCACUAGGCGGGCCCCAAAGGUUCCAGUCUUUUUCGCGUGAAGAAGCGAUGAAAUGUAAAUAGAAGGGUCUACAGGCUGGGAGAUACUGUACAAUUAUCUGAAAAUACAAAAAGAACUUAGACAUUUCGAGUUCC